AAAAAUAAAAAGAAUAAUAUGGGUAGAUACGCAAAUAAUAAUCCUCUCUCCUAAAUAAUAACCAAAGCACAACGGCUAGUUGUAGAACGGUAAUCUCCAACGGUCCAAAAAAAAUUCAAAAUAAUUACUUAGUAGCCACCGUCUAAAAAAGCACUCCCCUGCUUCCACUUCUUCCCUCCCUCUCUCUCUCUCUCUCUCUCUCUCUCUCUAAAAUCUCAAUCUGAAGAAGGCUCUUCCUCCACAUUCUCUCUCUCUAAAAAACGAAGAUGAUGCAGGAAAUGUGGAACGGGCCACCCGGAUUUCGACCCACGAAGUCUGCUCCAUGUUCACCCGCUAAGCCUCUCGGAGUAUCCAGAACCAGAUCCGAUUCCUUCCACGUGGCACACAAGGUUCCUGUUGGGGAUACUCCUUACGUCCGUGCCAAAAACGUUCAACUGGUGGAUAAAGAUCCGGAGAGGGCGAUACCGUUGUUCUGGUCGGCGAUAAACGCCGGAGACAGAGUGGACAGUGCUCUAAAAGACAUGGCGAUUGUGAUGAAGCAGCAGAAUCGAGCCGAGGAAGCGAUUGAAGCCAUCAAGUCGUUGCGGAGCCGAUGUUCGGAUCAAGCGCAGGAAUCUCUCGACAAUAUCUUGCUUGACCUUUACAAGAGAUGUGGGAGAUUGGAUGAUCAAAUAUCACUGCUGAAGCACAAACUGUAUCUUAUUCAGCAAGGAAUGGCCUUCAAUGGCAAGCGCACCAAAACCGCCCGAUCUCAGGGCAAGAAAUUUCAAGUUUCCGUCGAGCAAGAGGCCACUCGUUUGCUGGGAAACUUAGGGUGGGCGCUGAUGCAGCAGAACAAUUACAUAGAAGCGGAGGAAGCGUACAGGAGAGCGCUACUACUAGCACCGGAUAACAACAAGAUGUGCAAUUUGGGGAUCUGUCUAAUGAAGCAGGGUAGAAUCGGGGAGGCGAAGGAGAAUCUCCGGCGAGUGAAGCCGGCGGUUUCCGAUGGGCCACGUGGCGUCGAUUCUCAUCUGAAGGCCUACGAACGAGCGCAGCAGAUGCUCAGAGAUCUCGAAUCGGAGAUGAUGAGUAGAGUUGGCUGCGAUCGUGUGGAGCAGAGUAAGCUGUUCGAUGCGUUCCUCGGCUCCUCCGCCAUCUGGCAGCCUCAGCCGUGCAAGGACCAACAGCACCACCACCUUACCACCACCACCACCGCCGCCGCCAGUAAAGAUGAUGUUUUCGGCGACGAGAAUGUAAACUCCAACAACAUUGCUCCGACCAAAAACAACAACCACCACCAAUUGAAGAAAUUCGGCGGCGGCGGCGCUUUUCCUCCUCCGCCGCCUCCUUCGUCGAUGGUGAAUUCACUGAAUAUCGACGCGCAGCCGUUCUUCUCGGCGAAAUUCGCGAAGGAAUCUUCUUCGUCGUCGUCGGAGAGUCUGAAGAGGACGAGAUCCGGAGGAAAUGUGGCGAAUUUGGAGCCGGAAAAUAAAAUGCGAAAAUCGAGCGAGGGGAAUUGGGCUGAUUUGUUGCUGCCGGACUGUGAUGAUUUUCAGGAUGCGAUAAUUGCGGCGGUGUUAGGGCAUGAUGGUGAUGACGUCGGAUUACGUCAGCGGAGCAAGGUUGAUAAGAAGAGGCUCAGAGUUUUUCAAGACAUUACUCCUUCUCUGAGUCCAACAGUCUGAUGAUUUGUUUUAUUUAUUUUGAAUAAUUUAACAUUUACAGAUUUUAUUAACUUAAAUUAAGUAGUUUGAUUAAUUAAUUUAAUUUUAGUUAUUGAGGGUGGGGGAGAUGAACUUGUUCUCCUUUAGAGGGAUGGAUCCAUGCUUGGUAGUUUCCACAGCAAAAAUAAAGUGAUCUGUAGGUCUAAUUUAUUUAUUUAUUUAUUGUUUUCUUAUUAUUAUGAGUUUAUUAUUAUCAAAA